UUCUCUUCUUCAAUAUAAUAUAUAUCAACAUCAACUUGUGAAAAAGAAUAACAAAAGUCUGAAAAAUGAGCAAUCUUGAGUCUUACCCACCUGUGUUUCGCCACCAGAAAUUGGAGGAAACACAGAUAUAUGAUCCACUUGAUGAAGAGGAUUCAUCAGAUCCUAUUCCUGUGAUAGAUCUCCACUGUAUGGACCUCCACAAACUUGGAGAGGCAUGUAGAGAUUGGGGUCUGUUUCGUUUGGUUAAUCACCAAGUUCCUUUGACUCUUAUGAGCCAACUUCAAGAACAAGCUAAAAAGAUUUUUUCUCUAUCGUUUGAAUCCAAACAAGGGUUAUUCACUAGUCCAGUGUCCUACUUUUGGGGGACUCCUGCUCUUACUCCUUCUGGAACUGCUCUAUCAAGAGGCUCAAAAUAUAUCAACUGGGUGGAAGGAUUCAACGUUCUUCUCAGUCAACUCUCUCAGUUUCAAGCUGAUGAAGAUCCCAUGCGUCAUUCUUUCAGAGCUUUGUUGGAGGAAUAUGGGAGGCAUAUGGGAAGACUUGCGAGAGCACUAUUUGAAGCAAUGGUAAAGAACCUGAAAUUGGGUUGGGAAACAUCCAAGUCUAAUCUGUCAGAAUCCACUGGGCUUGUCAGAGUUUAUCGCUACCCGAGUUUACCUAAAGCCACUGAGGCUAUAGGCAUGGAGAUGCACACAGACAGCUCAGUUCUCUCUAUAUUGAACGCCCCGGACAAAGUGGGUGGCCUUGAAUUUUUCAAAGACGAUAAAUGGUUCAGAGUUAAGCCCAUCCCAGGCACCAUGAUCGUCAAUCUUGGAGAUAUGAUGCAGGCAAUCAGCAACGAUGAGUACAUGAGCCCCAAUCAUAGAGUGAAGGUGAAGAAGGAGGUGGAGAGAUUCUCAAUCUGCUAUUUUGUAUUCCCAGAGAAGGGCAAUGUGAUUCGAAGCUCAAACUACAAGCCUUUUACUUACAGUGAUUUCCAGGAGCAAGUGCAAAGUGACAUCAAGACUUUAGGUUAUAAAGUUGGGCUCAGAAGGUUCAGAAUUAAUGGGGAUUAAUGUUUGAGUACAUGUUGAAUUCUCUCAGCAUUAAUUUAAUCCUGAACGCUUGAAGCAUAAUUCUGCUUCAAUUCAAUAUUUAUAUAUAUAAAUAAGAGUCCUAGUUUAUUAUCUUCAAA